AUGGGCAUCAGUCAUCCUCCCUCACUCGGACGGCUGCAGUGGGUCGCCAAAGCGAAGCAUGACGUUAAUGAGCUGCUCUCUGGUGCUCAACUCAUAAAAUCUAAAGUCUCAUCUUUUCUUAAGUCCUUCAAGGAUAUACAUCUAGGCAUCCACGGUGCACCAUCCACCACCAAUCUGUUUCUAACUGGAGCUUCUCGGCCAAUGAGCUCUGGAAAGUUCCCGGGCAAGAUUUCGCACCACGCAAAAAGAACCCCCACCACCACCUCCGCCAGAGCCUGA